AUGGGGACUCGCGCGCAGGCCCUGAUGCUGAGUCUGGGGAGAAGUUCUCUAAAUCACGGGAAACUGUUGGUCGCCCGAGGCCUUUUGACAGGAGGUCCACCUUCCACGUUCUCCUGGUCGCCUUGUCCUGGUGAGAGUCACUUCCGUCCCGGAGGCUGCUGUAUGGCAAGGCUCUCUGACCCCGGGCUGCGGCCUUUCCCAGAGCCCGAGCUGGGGAUGUACCCAGGUCUUCGGCUCUUUUGUCCACAGGCCCGGAUAGGUGACUUCCACAAGUCCGAUGUGACUCUCACGAACUGGAGAAGGCUUCUGGUCUCGGACGUCCUUUUGCGGAGGCCCCAAGGUCCCUGUGGGAAAAGGGAGGAGGCGGAACGGGCUCGCCUCAGGAAUCAGGCAGGACUAGACCAGGAAGUGGGAGUGCAGGUUCUAAGCGCGCUCCCAGAUGGGGAGUGUGAGUUCGCAAAUGCUGGGCUGGGUUUUGGCCCUUCUCCAAGGCUCCCGAGCCGCCCCAGGUCACGUGUCCCGAGCGCAGCCAGCUGCCCCGGGUCAGGAUCUCUGGUUGUCCUAUUCGGGGCUACGGCCGGUGCGCUGGGGCCGGAGCUGGGCUCCGAUGAGACCGACUUAAUCCUCCUAGUAUGGCAAGUGGUGGAGCCGCGAAGCCGCCAGGUGGGGACGCUGCACAAAUCGCUGGUUCGAGCUGAGGCGGCUGCGCUGAGUCCGCAGUGCCGCGAGGCGAGCGGCCUGAGCGCCGACAGCUUGGCGCGGGCCGAGUCGCUGGACAAGGUGCUUCAGCAGUUCUCACAGCUGGUGAACAGGGAUGUGGCUCUGUUGGGUGGAGGCCCCUAUGUGCUCUGCACUGAUGGGCAGCAGCUGUUGCGACAGGUCCUGCAUCCUGAGGCCUCCAGGAAGAAUCUGGUGCUCCCCGACACCUUCUUCUCCUUCUACGACCUCCGCAGAGAGUUCCAUAUGCAGCACCCGAGCACCUGCUCUGCCAGGGACCUCACAGUGGCCACCAUGGCGCAGGACUUGGGACUAGAGACAGAUGCCACAGAGGAUGAUUUUGGGGUCUGGGAAGUAAAGACAAUGGUGGCUGUCAUCCUUCACCUGCUUGAAGGACCCAGUGGUCAAUUGUUUUCGAAGCCCGAGGUGGUAAAGCAGAAAUAUGAGACGGGGCCUUGCAGCAAGGCUGAUGUGGUGGACAGUGAGACUGUGGUACGGGCCCGUGGGUUGCCCUGGCAGUCAUCAGACCAGGAUGUGGCUCGCUUCUUCAGAGGGCUCAACAUUGCCAGGGGUGGUGUAGCACUCUGCCUCAACGCGCAGGGCCGCAGAAAUGGCGAGGCUCUCAUCCGCUUCACGGACAGCGAGCAGCGGGAAUUAGCACUGCAAAGACACAAACACCACAUGGGAAUCCGCUAUAUUGAGGUCUAUAAAGCAACAGGGGAGGAGUUUGUGAAGAUUGCAGGGGGCACAUCACUAGAGGUAGCUCGUUUCCUGUCACGGGAAGACCAAGUGAUCCUAAGGCUGCGGGGACUGCCCUUCUCAGCUGGGCCAGCAGAUGUGCUAAGCUUCCUGGGGCCAGAGUGCCCAGUGACUGGGGGUGCUGAUGGGCUGCUCUUUGUGCGCCACCCUGAUGGCAGGCCAACUGGUGAUGCCUUUGCCCUCUUUGCCUGUGAGGAGCUGGCACAGGCUGCGCUGCAAAGGCACAAGGGCAUGCUGGGUAAGCGAUACAUUGAACUCUUCCGGAGCACUGCAGCUGAGGUGCAGCAGGUCCUGAACCGCUAUGCAUCCAGCCCACUUCUUCCCACAUUGACAGCUCCACUGCUGCCCAUCCCUUUCCCACUGGCAGCUGGGACUGGGAGGGACUGUGUGCGCCUUCGAGGCUUGCCCUACACAGCCACCAUUGAAGAUAUCCUGAGCUUUUUGGGGGAGGUGGCAGCUGACAUACGGCCCCAUGGUGUGCAUAUGGUGCUCAACCAGCAGGGCCGGCCAUCUGGCGAUGCUUUCAUCCAGAUGACAUCUGCAGAGCGGGCCCUAGCUGCUGCUCAACGUUGCCACAAGAAGAUGAUGAAGGAACGCUAUGUCGAGGUGGUCCCCUGUUCUAAAGAGGACAUGAGCCGUGUGCUGAUGGGGGGAACCUUAAGCCGCAGUGGCAUGUCCCCUCCUCCCUGCAAGCUGCCCUGCCUCUCACCACCCACCUACGCCACUUUCCAGGCCACCCCAGCCCUUAUUCCCACUGAGACGGCAGCUCUGUAUCCUUCUUCACUGCUCCCAGCUGCCAGGGUGCCUGCUGCCCCCACCCCUGUUGCCUACUACCCAGGGCCAGCCACUCAACUCUACAUGAACUACACAGCCUACUACCCCAGCCCCCCAGUCUCCCCUACCACAGUGGGCUACCUUGCAACACCCCCUACUGCCCUGGGCUCUACUUCCACCUCAGUGUUGUCUCAGCCAGGAGCCCUGAUUCGAAUGCAGGGUGUCCCUUACACAGCUGGCAUGAAGGAUCUGCUCAAUGUCUUCCAGGCCUACCAGCUGGCCCCUGAUGACUAUACCACUCUGAUGCCUGUUGGUGAUCCACCUCGCCCUGUGUUACAAGCCCCCAAGGAGUGGGUGUGUUUGUAGGUGAGGAAGCCAGGAACUAAGAGCUAGCUGAU